GUUGUAUUCCUAGACGCCGCCGGAAGGAAAUAGAAGCCGAACUUGAAUGGCCGCUGAUGCUCGGCUGCUGGUUUUCAUGAUCUUCUCCGGACUCUUCAGCGGCGACUUCUCUUCGUGGCGUUUCUCUGACGAUGGGUCGCAGCAGGUCACAUGACAGAGCAGACAGAGAGAAGAAGAAGAGGAAGAAACGGACGCGGUCCUCCUCCUCUUCGUCCUCUUCUCCGUCGUCUUCCUCAUCCAGCAGCAGGAGCCGGGGCAGGUCGUCCAAGAAAGAGACGCACAAGAGCCAAGAUGUGAAAACUGAAAGAAAGAAGCGAAGAAGAAACUCCUCCUCCUCUUCGUCAUCCUCCUCCUCCUCGUCAUCUUCGUCCCCGUCAAGUGACGAGAAGACAAAGAGGAAGAAAAGUAAAUCCAAGAAAAAGAAGCUGAAGAAGAAAAAGGCAAAGCUCAAGAAACAGAGGAAGAAGGAGAAGAAGGAGAAGAAGAAGGAGAAGAAGGAGAAGCAGGAGAAGCUGAAGAAAGAGAAGGAGAAGAAGACAGAGGUACUGCUGUCCAUCAGUCCAGCAGAAAAACCUCCGUCUUAUCUGGAGGUGUGGCAGAGUGAUGAGGGGGCGGUGGAGCUCGGACCUGUCAUGACCGAUGAGCAGAAGGCCCGGCUCUCCACCAAGAGACCGCUCACCAAGGAGGAGUAUGAGGCCAGGCAGAGUGUGAUCCGCAGGAUUGUGGACCCUGAAUCAGGACGCACCAGAUUGGUGAGAGGAGAGGGAGAAAUCAUAGAGGAGAUCGUCAGCCGAGAAAAACACAAAGAGGUCAACAAGCAAGCCACCAAGGGAGACGGGAAUGCCUUCCAGAGAAAACUGGGGAUCAACAGGUAGAAGAUGCAGAGGAGUCCUUCACUAAGAAGAGGUUUCCCACACUGCUGACACUGACAGUUCUAUGGAGGAGGAACACUUUUUUAGAUCGUGACUGAAUUGUAUAUUGAGUUUGUGUUUUAUAUUAAGAUUUGCUUGGGAUUAAUGUGUUCAGUACAGUGGUGAAUGUAGAAAAGGUUAAAAAAAAACGCACUCUGUUCACUAAUGAGUCAAAUCCAAGUAAAAGUCUUCAACUUCUACUGAUUUGUCUUUUUUAAUUUAAGCUGAUCACAAAAGUGAUUCAAAGAAAAACAGAUGAAUACCGUUAUGUUGAAUUUAAAUCUGUUUGAUUCCACUUAAUCUAUAUAAGGAGUGAACACAACGACCAGAUAGUUUGAACAUUGAUGUUUACUCUGAUUCAUGUUGAAAAGCAGAAUUUCAUGACCAGAGUCCCAAUAUCUCAUCAGACUUAUUAUGAAAACUUUUAUUUCACUGAAUAAACAAUUCAGAAAAGAUUGAAAGUUUUUGGAUUUAAUUUAAAAAUAGUUUCUUUCUUAUUUCAAGUGCCAUACAUUUAGUUGUAGUUCUGUUUUCUUCAUUUAUAGCUAUUGAUAAUAAGGUUUAAGUUUCAGUCGGACUCUGGUUAACACGGUUGCCUCACUGUUAUAAGGCUCUUGGUUCAAUCCCCGGAGUCUUUUGUCUGGUUUUCUCCAGCUUCUCUGUUUCCUCCCACAGUCUGAAGACAUGCAGAUUGGGGUUAGGUUAAUUGGAGACUCUUAAAUUGUUUAGUAUGUGUGAAUGUGAGCGUGAAUGGUUGUUUGUCUCUGUCGGCUCUGUGAUGCGAUGGUGACAUGUCCGCUGUGUCCCCAGCCUCUCGUCCUGCCUGCUGGGAUUGGCCCCAGCCUCUCAGGAUUUCUGUAUUUCAAAUCAGCAUUGAGAUGAUUCUUUAAAUGUUCUGUUUCCUGCACGACACAACAAACAGUUUUGUCUUUUUGUAUUUCACCUACAUAUCUUACACCCACUGAGUCUUCCCACCUUUAUAUCUCACGUUUUGUAUCUCUGAAUAAAUCUUCAUUUGUGUGAGCUAA